CUUCUCAUAUUUGCCACUACUAGAGGCCAAAGAUGGAAGGACGCCAGCUCCAAAUUCCACAGCCUACUUUGGAAAGACGAGUUGUUCUCAUGGUUUAUGCAUACCAUCAACUCUGACAAAAGUAGGUUAACAACGAGGAGGACUGGUCUAAGGGAAUUUGAAGGCACAGGGAGGCAUUGGCAUAACACAGAA